AAUCCAGUUUUUCACGAACACACCAAACACAACGAGAUCGAUUGUCGCAUUGUUUGUGAUCAACUAAAGCUUGGUACUCUGUGUGCUCUUCAUGUUGCGUGUGGUAAUCAGCUGGCUGAUAUCCUAACCAAACCACUUCAUCCGGGUCCAUUCCAUUCUCUUCUUGUUAGGAUGUCAAUGUCAAGCAUCUACACUCCUUCUCCAAUUCCGGAUUGACGGCUUGUGGGGGUGUAUCACGUGUUAAUAACUCACCGUGUAUGUUAGCAUACUAAGUUGUUAGUUAAGCUUAUGUUAGCUGAGGUUAACACUUGUAUAUAAACAACUAUAAUGUACAUAAACAGAUUAAUGUGAAGAUUAAUAUUUUCAUAACAAACUUUAAUCUCGAUCUUCAUCUCUCUCAACUUCACAUUCAAGAUUCUUGAUAAACAUGCUAUUUUUACAUUAUGUGUAAUCAGAUAUAUACAAAAGCUAUAAGGUUAUUCACUGGUGGUUAAUGUUGCAUGAUAUGAGCAACCACGGACCAUGAAGUCCGAACGAGACACAAGCCACAACCCUAAGAACUCGAGCUAUCUCUAAAAUAUCCACACAAAAAUAAACUAAUAUUAGUCACUCAUUCAAUUCAUACAUAUUUAUAUUAUAGUAAUUUACAAAAUCUAUAUAAUAUAAAAACAUAACAACAAAACAAAAACAAAAUUAAUGAAUUUAAAAAUUGGCUCUCAACUUCUCUAAAAUAGAAUACCAAAACUUUUAUAAAACUGAAUAUAAAAAUAUACAAUGUAUUUGGAUAUAUGGAGAAACUUACUAUUUAGAAAAAAAAACAUUAAUGUGUAGUCAAUUCUUUGAAUUGACCACAAGAAAAAUAGAAUACCAAAAGAACAUUCAUGUAGUCAAUUCUUUGAAUUGACCAUAAUAAUUUUGCUUAGAUACCAAAAAAGUAGUCAAUAUUUCUGAAAAUGUAUAUGACCAUAUAAUAAUUUUGCUUAGUUACCAGAAAAAUAGUCAAUAUUUCUGAAAAUGUAUGUGGUCCCUUUGUCCUUUGAAUAUGUUCUAUAUAAAUGUUAAAGCCUUAACUCUCUAAACCAUCGUCAUUCUUUUAUGCAUCAAACGUAAACCCCUGAAUACAAUCGGUUCUCUAACCAGAAACCAGGGGUAAUUAGUUCGGUGUUCUUGGGCGGGAGGAAAGAUGGCACAUAAGUUAGUGGGAAUGGCUCAAGAGAUUUUUCUGCUUUCUGUCAAAGAAGAAAAACAUUUGAAAUCUCUUGACUUAUUCAACCUUUUGUGGCUUGCGUUAGGGAUUUUUCCUCCUACCCAUAAAUAUGUGAAUUAUCAUCAAUGAUGAUGUCUGAUUAAACGUAAUGUAAUAAUAAGAUGCCUGCUUUAUGAUUUGUUGAUGAUGGUGGUGAUAUAACGUAAUAAUGAUGAUGAUGAAUUAUUCAUCAUCAUUACAGUAUAUCAUCAUCAUCAUCAUCAUAUCAUAAAGCUAUUAGAGCAUCCAAGACUCAAGCCCAUUAGUGUUCCAAAGGUCAAUAGAAAGCCCAAAAUAUUUAGGGUUUCCAAGCAAGUAGAUUUGUAUAAGUAUAGCUCUUAUGUGAACAAGAAUGUAACUUUGGGAGUUGCCUCUUAUGCAACUUUCUUCUUAAUAUCAUUUAUGAAAACUAUCGAUCUUUACUCUUCUUGGUGACAAUCUAAUCUUAUCUCCUCUCUUUAAAUUCUGCUGCAUAAUAAAACUAUAAGAGCUAUCUAUUUUAUCAAUCUAAGUUUCAUUUCAAUAAGUUCUUUUGAGCUCAAAUCCACUUGCUUUGGAUUAUCUCACAAAAGCUGGCAUAUUAUUAUUACAUUACGUUUAAUCAGAUAUAUACAAAAGCUAUACAAGUUUUGCAUUUGUUUCAUGAAUUGUUUUUUUUUUUGAAAAAUUGGGCUAUAUAGCCAUCAAAAAAAUUAUAAUUCAAUCUAUAGCUGAAAACCCUAUCUUUUAACUGUUUUCUAUGUCUUUUAUAUAAUAUUUCCAUAAUACCCUUUAUUAUAACCAGCAAACCUGCAAGAAAAAAAAAUAAAUUAAUAACUAUUAGAUUACAAAAAUAAUUGUGUCCAUUGCAGAGUUACACACCCUCUCCUAAUAAUUUGUUUUUCUUCUUCUUCUUCUCUGUUUCUUCAUCUUCCUCUUAAUAUCUGUUUUUUUAAUACGACGAACACAUCGCUGCCACCAUUUCCUCUCCACCACCAUCUCCAUUCUUGUCUCCUCACUUCCUCUCACUGUCUCUUCUUCUCCUCCAUCUUCCGUGGUCGUUUCUUCUCCUCCUUCAUCAACUCGAGCACCAGCUUUUCUACUAUUCAUAUCAUCUCCUUCGUCUCGUCAUUCUUCUCUUUCAUUACUCCAUUAACUCCACAUCCGGACAUUCAGUUGCAAUAUACUAUUUGCAUUGUUUUAUUCUAUUUGGUAAAAGUGGUGUUGAUGUACAAUAAAUAAAUAUUUGUUAUGUUUGUAAGCUUAUGUACUAUUUGUAUGUGCGCUUUAUUUCAUUUAAUGAUGUACGUUCAUUGUAUUCUAAAUUUGAUAAUUCUCUUCUCUAAAAUUUUGAAUGAUUACUUUUGCUAUUAAAUUCAUUUUAUUCGAAUGUUGGACAAAGUAAGAAGUUUAGUUCCAUGGAUGUUUCUUCAUCAACCAUGACUCUAAUUUUCACAUACUAUUUAACAGAGUUGCUUAAAUAAUGUAAAUGGAAUAGUCUACCCCUUCUAUACUAUUUAUACAGGUUUCCAACUAUGUCGUGUACAUUAAAAAAAUUGGCAGCUUAUUAUAUAGAUCAUGUUUGGUUUAUAAUUCAGUGUCUAGGGUUUAGAUUUAGUAAUGAGGGUUUUGUCUUGGGUUUUAGUAUUUAAGCGGGUGGAUUGAGUUUAAUAUUUCAUUCCAUACAAUGGUUAAUAAAUUAAAAAAAUAAAGUAAAAACAUUUAUAGAUUAUAUCUGGGUUUAUAGUUUACCGAUUAUGGUUUAGAUUCACUAAUUAGGGGUUUGGUAUAGCAUUUAGCGGUUGUAGGAAGGUUUAACAUGUAGAGGUUAGAGUUCAGGUUGGGGUUCUAUACUACUUCGACGAUAUGAAAUAGAACACACGUAAACUUUCUCUAAAAUAUAUAGUAAAAAAAUUUGUAGAUUAUAUUUGGGUUUAUAGUUUACUGAUUAGGGUUUAGAUUUACUAAUUAGGAGUUUGGGUAUAGUAUUUAGCGGUUGUGAAUGGGUUUAAUAUGUAGGGAUUAGAGGUCAGGUUGGGAUCCUAUACUACUUCGGCGAUAUGAAAUCAAGGUUAGAGGUCAGGUUGAGUUUAUAUUUGGGUUUAGGGUUCAAAAAUUAGGAUUUAGGGUUUAAUAUUUAGAGGGAAGGGUAGUAUAAUGAUAUGUUUGUGGUUAUAUUUGGGUUUAGGGUUUAUAUUUGAGUUUAGGGUUCAGGGUUCAGUAAUUAGGAUUUAGGGUUUAAUUUUUAGAGGAAAGGGUAGUAUAAUAAAUAUGUAUGUGGUUAUAUUUAAGUUUAUGGUUUAUAUUUGGGUUUAGAGUUCAGUAAUUAUGAUCUAGGGUUUAGUAUAUAGGGGUUGGGUUGGGAUAUGUUUAGUAUUUAGGGGUUGUAGAUGGAGUUAGAAUCCUAUACUACUUCGCCAUAUGGAAUAGAACAACCAAUGCAUAUAUAUGUGGUCAGUAAACUUAUACGUGGAUGUUUUUUUUAUUUUUUAUGUGCAAUAGUUUUCAAAUGCUUUUGACCUUAUGUUUUAUCAACCAUGUUACUCACUCUCUUUCAUUUACUUGCUACCUAUAAAGAGAAAUGAUAGAACAGGAUAUUUUGUGGCACAAAUGUUAGAAAUUACAUUAUGUCAAAAUCAAUGACAUCCACCUAAUUUUCACUCCAAAUUUGGUUAUUCGGCAAAUUUUCCCUUUUUUUUUGAACUGAAUGUUUCAUGAAUUGUUUCAAAAGUGGUUAAGUUUUAUUUGUGUGGAUUUCACAUUUCUUUCUCAUGUAGCUCGACUUUUCGAGUGAUGGAAAGUUAUCAAAGAGAUUUCUCAAGUUGGUGAGGAAAAUGCAAGCGAAAUGGACAUAAAAGGCAACAAGCGACUAUUUUCUUUGUUAUUGAAGAUUUUUGUAAUCAUGGCUGAGGACGUAAUACCCUUUAUAUGAGGAUGGAUAUAGGUGCUGACUACUAGCCAUAGUUGGCACAUUCUUAAACCACUUGCAGUUGUAAGCAGAAAACCAGAUGGAUCUAGUUCUGUAUUCUUGGGCUCGAUCACUGAUGGAGAAGGCAUGUAAGUCAGCCUUACAUGCCUUCUGCAUUUGGGAUUUUCCCUCCUCCCCAAAAAUACCGAGCUAACUUCAUCAUGUUUCUGGUCACAACUGUCAGUGGCUGGGAAUAAACCAACUACGACUAACCCACCCAUCUCGAUCCUUACAUUGAAGACUUCAUAAGUCCUAUAAAUUAAGAUUGAGUAUUUCAAUAUUUAUGUUACAUUUCACCGUGUAAAAUUUGUUUAUAAAAAAAAAAAAAAAAUUUGUUUAUAUAUAUUCGUUAAAUAUACAGUCAAAUUUGAAAGCAGUCUUUACGUAAUUGAUAUUCUAUUUGAAUUUCAUUAUAAAAUGAGGGUACUUGUAAGUUGUAAAUCUACACAAAAGAAACGCAUGUGGCCUUUACGCUUGAUUAUUGCAUCACAUCAUCAUCAUCAUCAUCAUCAUCAUCAUCAUCAUCUAUACAAUUACACACUGUAGAGUAAAAACAACAAGAAGACCAAUGCCGUUGUUAUUGACGGAUCUCAAAAUCCAUUCAGAAAUUAGAGUUAAAGUUUAUACUAAUGUAUUGAAAAGUAAUUUGUAAAAAGAUUGUUUUUGAUGAUUUUCGUACGAAAAUGUGUAUGUUAUUGAUUUUAUAAAAAUGUCAGAAGACUUGGAUGUCCUUCUCCCUCUCCUUUACAGUUUCUUUAUAUCUCUUAGGGGAAUCAUAACGGUGGUACGAUAUUUGGCGGGUAUUGUGUGCCUUCAAAAUCGUCUUUAUUGCUCUGAUCUCUUUUACGUUUUGGUUGCCGAGUUAGAUCAGCUUUGAUCUUUAUCUGAGUUUGGGAUAGAUUUCUAUUCUUUCUGGGCCUAUCGUCUUCUUGUGGAACCUUUGAGUUUCUGGAUAAGAUCUUUGGACCAGGUUUAGAACAAGGUGAAAUCCACCUUCAACAAUAAUCCCACUAAGUUCAGCUUGUCUCAGAUUGGCAGCUAGAUCGGGUAUUAGUUCUGAUAUAUUUGUGAUCGGUAGUUUACGAGUUUCGAAUAUUUUUUUAAGAAGAUAGCGAUCUCUAUUCUUACGUGUCGCAUCAGAUUAACUAACACGAAAUUUAUUCACAACAAAUAUUUUUUAUAAAAAAUAUAAUUAAAUAACAAACCAAAAAUGUCAAUUAAUCUAUAUACUUUUGGAAUAAAUUCCCAUAAUAUACUUUAUAAGAAACAAAUCUAAAUGAUAUAAUAUAUUUACUAUAUUUUAAAAUAGAAAAUUAGUGUCUAAAAAAAGGAAAGAAUGUUAUUGGAUUGAGCCGAAGCAUAUAAGCUUUGCUGAUACAACAAAGCCUCAGAAAAGCCUUUCUUCAUAGAAUCUCUUUAAUCUUCUUCUGCCUCUUGAUUUCUCUAAACAAUGGAGUCUUCGUCUACCAUCGCAAGGAAGACAUGGGAACUCGAGAACAACAUCCUCACCGUGAAACUACCUGCGGAUUCAUCCUCCGACAACAUAUUCCACUACGACGGAGCUGCUCACGCCAAGGUCCUGAAGGAGAAGACAUGGGCCACCAAUCCUAACUACUUCAAGCGCGUCCAAAUCUCAGCGCUCGCUCUUCUCAAGAUGGUUGUACACGCUCGCUCUGGUGGCACUAUCGAGAUAUGGGUCUUAUGCAGGGGAAAACAGAUGGCGAUACGAUCAUUGUUAUGGACGCUUUUGCUUUGCCUGUUGAAGGAACUGAGACUAGGGUUAAUGCUCAGACCGAUGCGUAUGAGUACAUGGUUGAAUAUUCACCAGACAAAUAAGCUGGUAUCUUUUCUCUCUUAAUUAUAUUGAGCUGCUUGUUUGCUUGGUGCUUAAGUUAGGUUUAUGGUAUUCUAGGGUUUUAGAGAUGCCCACAUAAUUAUUCUCGUUUAGUUAUCCUUGAAGCUUCUUUAUUUUAUCCUUUUCUAUUCUCAGGGCCGGAGAUUAUUUAUGUUAUAUAGAAGUAGUAAGAAUUUUAAUAUGAUUUUGUUUUUAACAAUUUAGGGACCUAUGUAUAUUAACUCUUUAAAUAUUUGGUAGUCCUAUGUCAAUGUUUUCACUUGCGUAUGUCAGGACAGGCUCAGUCUACAAUUCAUCUUGUUUUGUUGAUUAUUGUUGUAACUUGAAUCAUAGGCUGGGAGAUUGGAGAAUGUUGUUGGGUGGUAUCACUUGCAUCCUGGGUAUGGAUGCUGGCUCUCGGGUAUUGAUGUUUCAACACAGAUGCUUAACCAACAGUAUCAGGAGCCUUUUUUGGCUGUUGUUAUUGAUCCCACAAGGACUGUUUCGGCUGGUAAGGUUGAGAUUGGGGCGUUCAGAACGUAUCCAGAGGGUCAUAAGAUCUCAGAUGAUCAUGUUUCUGAGUAUCAGACUAUCCCUUUAAACAAGAUCGAGGACUUUGGUGUUCAUUGCAAACAGUACUAUUCAUUGGACAUCACUUAUUUCAAGUCAUCUCUUGAUAGCCACCUUCUUGAACUCCUUUGGAACAAGUACUGGGUGAACACACUAUCUUCCUCCCCACUGCUGGGCAAUGGAGACUAUAUUGCUGGACAAAUAUCAGACUUGGGUAAAUAAUUCUUGGAUAUGCAAUAGAAAGUUUAUUAUUUACUUUUUCUUCAAAACAUUUAGUUUAAUAAUUACUCUUUUCUUAUCAUUUUAAUACUUUACCUAUGAAGCUGGGAAGCUUGACCAAGCUGAGAGUCAGCUGGUUCAAUCCUGGUUUGGAGGAAAAAAGGCCAGUCUUCACAAGAAAAAAAAGGUUUGUCUAAAUGGUUACUUUAAGUUCUCAAUGUUUCUCGACUGUCUGAGAUUUUGGACCAUGAACUUGAACUCUUCCACAUGCCAUUUGUUAAACUUUUUUCUUAUCUACGAAUUUUGUUGGAAUGGAAAACUUUAUAAAGAUGGAGAAAGUGUUUAGUAUUUAAAGAGAAAGAAGCUUGGUGAAGAAGAAAGCUUUUAUAACUUAGAAGAAGAUUCUUAUUACUUAGAUGAUUCUUACAAACUUGGAUACUUCUUGAUGAUUCAAAAUGAGAAGAGAUGGGAGGUAUUUAUAGCCUCCAAAGUACAAAAUAUCUUACAUAUUUUAAUCCUAAAUCUAGAUAAUUCUACUUAAAUAUCUAAGAUUAUUUUUCCUUAAUUAUCUAGAAUUUUCUAUGAAAAUAUCUAGAUUUUUAACUUAAGGAGGUGGAAGAUUAUUCUAGAAUUUGGGUUAAGGUUGGGCUAAACAAGAUUAGUGGUUGUUAGCCCAAUAAUGUGACCCAAAAUCAAGUUUACUUUUCAACACCCUAUCUUAAACUUGAUUUGGUUAUUCCAAGCAAGCUCCUCAUCUUGAUAAAAUCUUUCCGCUUGAGUGGCUUGGUGAAGAUAUCAGCUACUUGAUCAUUUGUCUUCACAUACUCCAAUUGCACAUCCAUCUUGCUAACACAUUCUCUAAUGUAGUGAUAACGAGUAUCGAUGUGCUUACUCCGAUCAUGGAAGACUGGAUUCUUCGCCAAUGCUAUUGCCGACUUGUUAUCCACAAGAGGAGCCAACGAAGAUCUUCGUUGGCUCCUUUAGCAAGUUUCUUAACCAAAUAGCAUGGCAAACACAUGAAGUAGCUGCCACAUACUCCGCUUCACAAGUAGAAAGGGUGACAAUCGGUUGCUUCUUUGACAUCCAUGUGAAGGCGGUUUCUCCAAUGAAAAACACGAAGCCACAUGUGCUUUUCCGGUCAUCUACGUCUCCACCCCAAUCGCUAUCGCUAUAUCCGACAAGCCUGUAAUCUUCAGAGAUAGAGUAGUACAAGCCAAAGUUGAUAGUACCUUUGAUAUAGCGUAGGAUCCUCUUAGCUG